UUUGACCAAACCAAACUAUCAAUUAUUAUUUUUACUCUCUAAUUAUAUCCUUAAUUAUUUUAAUAAAUUAUCAUAUAAAAUAUAAACCAAAUAAUUCCCCCCUUUCAUACUUUACAAUUGUUUUCUUUCAAGAUCUGAAAAUGCAUAAACAAAAUAACGACAAUUAUAUCUAAAUAAAUAUACAAUAUUUAAUCCCAAAUUCAGCUUUUACAGCUGGAAACUGUUGCCUUCUAUCAUCGUUUUUCCUCUUUUCGGUCGUACAAUCGAUAUGGAUUUCUGGAAAUCGCUCUCUCCGCCGGCCUCCGCCGCUCUCCGUGUGUGAGCGCGCGUGCAAUCAUCGUAUGCGUUUGAGGAGAGGACGCAACCACACAUCGAGCUGUGUGAAAUCUCCGAUCUAGGAAGGGACCGGCGGAGAUGGUGAACUCGCCGGAGGGAGUGAGGAGCGGCGGCGGGCGAAUUGGGGGAGGAGCCGCCGCUGCUGUAGGGAUUUUGUUUUGUUGAAAAUGAAAGUAAGGUGUGGAGGAUAGGGGUGACCGAUGGGGGAGUAUAUUGGGUCCUCAGUGGACUAAUUACCUAGGCUUUAGUAAUUACCUAAUAUAAUUAGGCAGUAAAAAUCAUAAUUAACAGUUUCGUCAAAAUUAGGAUUAAAUCCGUUGUCCAUAAUGCAAUUGUUAGCGGCGGACCAAUUUUGACCUUAAUCAAACAUGCAAAUUGAAUGAUAAACUUCUUCGUGAAUUUCAUCUACACCCUUAACUCUCGAAGCAGUUUCUACUUUCUACUCGAUCGGAAUCUCGAUCGCCGUUCCACCUCCGGCGAACUGACGUCGGCGUUGCAGAAUAGUUUCUUUGGGAGACCUGAAGAGGGAUGUUGCAGAUUUAGGUAGGGAUCAAGCAGACUAGGAGAGGGGAAGAAGAGACUUUAUGAAGAAUUGGGAGGAAAUGGAAGAGAUGGACAAGGUGAACCAUGAUGAGUUCAAUGCCAUGAUUAUAGAGAUACAAUUGUUGCUGGCUUAUAUUCGGAAACUGGAUGAAGAUGCAAUCAGUUUGAGGUGUGAAUCGGAAGAGAAAGAGGAGGAGAGUCAGAGCCUGAAAAGGGGACUGGAAGUGGUUUUGGAAAGCCACAAGGCUCUGAAGAAGUCGAGGAGAGGUUUGGAGGAGACGACUGAGCAACUUAAAGAUAAAAUCAGUGCCCUUGAGAUUGAUUUGGCCGAUAAGGAAAAAGUGAUCACCGAGCCUGAAGCGAAGGAAAGGGAGGUUGCAUAGAGUUUUAUCAAUGAUGAUGGUAGUUUGAAGGAGAAGAACUGGUUGGUUGCUGUUGCCUCAAGAAAACACUGAUUCAAGCACUCUUAGAUGCUCUGUUGUUGGAAGCCUUUUGAUUCUGUGUUUGUGGAGUUUGGUAUAUCAGCUUUUUGUGUUUGUAAAACAUACAAUGCUUGAUGAAACUUUCAGUGUCUAAUGUCUAUAUCCCACUUUGACUAUAUUCUACUAGUCUUGAUAAUGAACUAUU